AUGAAUGAAUACAAAAGACGGGGAAAAAAAAAUAAAAUAAAUAAUAAUAAUUUGGUGAGGCAAAGCCAACGAUUGUUGUUGUUUGGCCUAUGGCGAUAUGACGUCACCGACGAAGAAGGCCUGCCGGGCGCGGCUCGAGCAGGAAGUCGAAUCGUUGGUGGGCGCGGCCUCGCGGAGGUGACCCCGUCCCCGCGCACCCGAGCGCAGGAAUGCGAGUGGAAUCUUCUCAGCUGGCUGCCGAAAGAGGAGCCGUCCACGAAACUGACUCGUCCGAGGUGUGGCCGGGACUCGCUCUCUCGCUCGUCGCGUGCGAGGAAGGAAAGCGGCACAAGCGCUGCGGGCGACAUGGACAAGGCUUCGGAUCCAGAUCCAGAUCCAGAUGGGUCCCAGCAGGAGGACGCCGCCCCCGGAGGAGAGCCUGAAGGAAGCCCCGAGGGACGCCCCCGAGCCCGAGAAGCUCCCGACAAGGACUCGGAGGCGGCGCGCGAGGGGGUUUCGGCCGAGGACGCGGUGGUGUGCGACUCCUGCAUGGAGAGCCCGCGGCCGGCGCUCAAGUCCUGCCUGACGUGUUUGGUGUCGUACUGCGAGGCGCACUUGCGUCCUCACCUGGAGAACGCCAAGUUCCACAACCACCGGCUGGUGGAGCCGCUGCGCGACAUCGAGAGGCGGACCUGCGAGAUCCACAAGCGCCCCCUGGAGCUCUUCUGCGACGCCGACGCCUGCUGCCUGUGCCGGGACUGCGUGGGCGAAGACCACCGCGGCCACCGCACCGCCGGCGUCGCCGAGGCGCGCCGUCGCGUGGAGAGGGAGCUGCAGGUCAAACGCGGCGAGAUGACCAAGACGGCCACGGCGGCGGAGAACGCCAUCGACAAGCUGCAGCUCAACGCCGUGUCCAUCCAGCGCUCGGUCAGCGAGGUCCGCGCCGUCAUCCGGGCCCAGCUGGAGCGGCUGCGGGCGGCCGUGGAGAAGGCCGAGACGGAGGUGGGCGAGAUCCUGGAGGCCGAGGAGAAGCGGGCCCUCGGGCAGGCCGAGGGCAUCCGGGCCCACCUGGAGCAGAGGUGCGCCGAGCUCAAGAGGGCGCAGGCGCAGGUGGACAGGAUCUCGCGCAACAAGAACCACGUGGACUUCCUGCAGGAGUAUUCCGAGUGGAAGAAGGAAGCGUCCGACACUUCCUUGCCGGGCGUCUACAUCGGACUGAUGGAUCGCCUCAACUCGGUCGGCCGCGUGAUCGCCGACGCCACGCAGGAGUUGUGCGCCGCGCUGGCCGCGUCCUACGUGGAGAAGGUCCGGGAGACGUGCAACACCGACAAGAUGGGCAUCAAGACCACGGUCCAGGCCAUGGUCGCCGCCAACCACGACGCCGGCGUUCCCGAGCCGGUCACGCGGGACGACUUCCUCAAAUACGGCGCGCAGGUGAGUUUCGACGCGGACACGGCUCACGUCUUCCUGCGUCUGACCGAAGACAACCGCAAGGUGACCAACACCACGCCCUGGCAGCACCCCUACCCGGACCUCCCCGAGCGCUUCCAGGACUGGCGGCAGGUGCUGGCCGCCGAAAGUUUCUACCUGGGCCGCCAUUACUUCGAGGCGGACAUCGGCGGCGAGGGCACGCACGUGGGCCUCACCUACAAGAGCAUCCGGCGCAAGGGCGGCGACAGCGGCGGCUGCAUCGCCGGCAACGACCGCUCCUGGUGCCUGCACUGGAACGGGCGCGCCUUCUCCGCCUGGCACAGCGGCGUGGAGACGCCCCUCAGCGUGGGCAAGUUCACGCGCGUGGGCGUGUACGUGGACUCCACCCGGGGCCUCCUGGCCUUCUACGGCGUGGACCGAGCCAUGACGCUGAUCCACCGCUACGAGGCCGAGUUCCUGGAGCCGCUUUAUCCCGCCUUCUGGUUGUCCAAGAAGGAGAACGUGGUGGUUCUGGUGCCGCCCGGGGAGCCCUUGCCCCUCAGGAGCCCCUCUCCCCCCUCGUCCCCGCUGAACGCCGACCCCCCCCCCCCCCCCCCGCCGUAAAAGCCGGGCGGAAAUGAACUCACAUUAAAAAGUUGACACUCCCAAAUGGAUCUUUG